CGGCGGCAUCCUGGAGGAGAACAGGAUGUAGGUCCGUCCGUCUGCGACUGCAAUAUACUAUAUAUACAUAUAUAAUACUACUUUGGGGCCUACUUAAGUAGUAUUUGGCUCCUUGUACUUUUGGAACUAAAUGGAACUAAGUACAAUAUAUGUCUAUUUUCUAUUUCUGUAUAUAUGUAGAAAUAUUUAGAAACAUCAGAAUAUAACGUUUUGUUAUACAAUCGCUGCAUCGGGAAUGGAAAGUUACUUUUGUUGUACCUUUGCAUCUGUCUAUUUAGCCGACUGUAGGAUAACUAAACAAUUGUAUUUAAGUAGAUAGGACGCUUACAAAGUUGAGGUACUUGUCAUACUUAAGUAUUACUAUAUUUCAUGCAACGUCAUACUUCUACUCUCCUACAUUUAGGAGGGACAUAUCGUACGUAUCCUCGUCUGAAAAGAAUUCCCUUUGUCAGACCUUUUAAUUAAAGUGCAUUGGCGUCAUCAGUCGCGGCCCGAGUACAUGUUCCAAUUCAAAAGUCCGCUUCUCGCAAAGCACGGUAAAAAUGCCCGGAUGUGACUUGAUCCGCCCACUUCACAAAAGAUGCAUCAGAGGAGACUUGUGUGUACUUUGGACAGCCAAUAUCCCACAAUGCAUUUCGGGUUAAAUCAGCUUAACUGAGGGUUGCAAUUCCAAUACAAUAUAUAUAUAUAUACAUAUAUAUAUUGGAUUGAGAAACGGCCAACAACAUGAACCCGUUACUCGUGUUGCUCCUCUUCUGUCAUGAUGCAUCGACAGUGAUGCACUCCCUGAGAUAUUUCCUCACCGCAACUUCUGGAGUCCCAAACUUCCCGGAGUUCGUGGGCGCCGCGGUGGUCGACGACGUCCUGGUGGGCUACUGCGACAGCGACGCCAAGACCGCCAAGCCCAAACAGGACUGGAUGAAAGAGUUUAUAAAAGACGACCCCACGCGCGGGGAGUGGUACGCUGAGAAGUGUUUUCGCAAUCGGCAGGUCUUCAGAGACCGCAUGGAAGGCCUGAAGAGGCGCUUAAACCAAACCGGAGGCGUCCACGUUUUGCAGAGGAUGAACGGCUGCGAGUGGGACGACGAGACCGGAGAGGUCGUCGGUUACAAUCAGUACGGUUACGACGGCGAGGACUUCAUCGCGUUGGACCUGCGGACGCUGACGUGGAUCGCUCCCAAGCAGCAGGCGUUCAUCACCAAGCUCAGAUGGGAUGCCGAGGAAGAGAGACUAAAAUACAAUGAAUAUUACUACAUCUACAAAUGUCCGGAGUGGCUGAAGAAUUAUGUGCACUAUGGGAAGAGCCUUCUGCAGAGAACAGACCUUCCCACGGUGUCUCUCCUCCAGAAGACCCCCUCCUCCCCGGUCUGCUGCCACGCCACGGGCUUCUACCCAAAGAGCGCCGCGAUGUUCUGGAGGAGAGACGGGGAGGAGAUCCACGAGGACGUGGCCCCCGGGGAGAUCCUCCCCAACCACGACGGAUCCUUCCAGAUGAGCGUGGACCUGAAACUCUCCUCGGUCGCACCGGGAGACUGGAGCAGGUACGAGUGCGUGUUUCGGCUCUCCGGCGUGGAGCACGACGUCGUCACCGGACUGGACAGAGCGCGGAUCAGGACCAACUGGGUUACUCCGUCAGAGUUUCCCACCGGUGCCGUGAUGGGAGGCGUCGUCCCUUUGCUUCUUCUUGCAAUCGGCAUCGCUGGAUUCAUGUGGAGGUGGCACAAGAAUGGAUUCAGACUCGCAAACACUUCGGAUUCUUCGUCGUCGACGGACCGAGAUUCAGCUACAGCGAGAACGACGUCGUUCCAACCACUUUCAUAAUUAACAGAGAUAUUUUCUGAGUACGUGUAUUCAGUGUAUUUUUUUCUUUUUCUUUCUGUAAAAUCUUAAAGAUAACUACGGUUGUCUAAUGAUUACGAUGAGGUGAAAAGGUAGGAAAUGUCCCUCUGAAAUGAGGCGCAAUCCUCUCGAAAAUGCACCAAAAGCAAUGAAGUAUGGAAGCCCAUUAGUGUAAAAAUAAUAAGAACAAUGAUCCUGUAAGUCAUUAUAAUGAGAUACUCUCAAAAUGAGGACUUUGCAUCCCAUAAUUAUGAUAAUUAUGACUUCUUUAUUUCUUUUUCAUCACAGUGGCGUGAAGGAAUUUCCAUACUGUGCAGUAGGACUUCAGUGAUGUAACAAACCGUAAUUUCUUAAAAUUAAAGAUAAAAAAAUAUAUAUAUAUAUUUUCAAACAUGAGUUUUAUUAUGAGAAGUAUUAUUAUUAUUGUUGAGGUGAAUUUUUUAUUUGCUAAUUAUUUUUUGUUUGUUCUCAAUGUGAUGCGAAAUGUGUAAUGUAUAUUUAAAAAUAUGUCUUUAUUACAAAAUCACAGGGUUUAAAAUACCCAUAAAAAGGUGAAUAAUAUUGCAUCUGUUUUGCUCAAAGGCAGGUAAGGGACAACAUUUGUGUUCUGGCAUUUUACAAAAUUAUUUCCUUUUAGGUUAAAACGUGAAUCACAAAUAUCCAAUAAAAAGUAGUUUUUUCCAAAAGA